AUGUUCGCCACCAGAGUCCUUCGUCAGGCUGCUCAGCACGCCGAGCGCACUCCUUCCAUCAGAUUCAUUGGCAAGCGCACCAUUCCUGCAUCCGUUGACCACUCCCCGCAACCGCAUCCGGCGUCACCUACCCACUCGCUUCCGCCGUCUUUCAAGAGCGAGUCCUCGCACUCGUCAUUCAGCGCAUACCGGGACCAUGCCCAGCAGUUCGGUCCUCUUCGCAAGACCAUCAAAGCCGAUGGGGGCAUUGGCAGCGCAGCCGGCGCGCAACUCGGCCCCGUCGCCCCGCCCCAAGGGGUCUUCUUCGACCGCAACGAUCUCCCUGCGCGCUUCCACCGCCAGCCUCUGACCGCUGCCGAGAUUGAGGCUAUCGAGACCGGGGGCGCUGCACUCUUUGCUUGA